UAUUUUUAGUCAAAGUACUGUUAGCUCCUUUGCUGAAAUGUGUCACGUGAUAACUGUUACUUUUCACAGCGCUUGUCAUCCUAGACCAAUAACAGUGAUGUGCUAUUGCUAGAGAUCAAGUGCUUAUUGAUUUUACAGCGAUUGUUGUGCUCUUACCGUUUCGUUUAUGUUUUGUGUUAUGUGUUGUGUUUGUGUGGAAUUAAUAAACUUACAUUAAUAUACGUUUUAAAUAUAAUGAUGUUUUCACUGAGACAAAAAACGACCGGAAAUUGGCUUUUGAGCCACCAAGCGCCUCCUGGAGGAACAAACCUUUAAGUGUAAGAGCAAACAAACAGCCAGCAGCAUCGAGACAUCUGCUGACAAGGGACACGGAAGUCUGGUAUGAGAUAUGGAGUGUAAGCUGGCUGAGUUCAGAGAACGAAAGAAAGCACAGACUGCAGCCAAGAAACCUGCUGAUCGUGUGAUCCAGAGAGAAACGAGAGCAAGAAGCGAUGGUUCUCCAGAUCAGAAGCCCAACACCUGUCCACACACUGAGGAUCCCAGUCAUUAUUUGUUGAACACUACAUGUGUUCGUUGGCUUCAGCGAGUGGCCCUCACCCGUCUGACCCUGCUCAAAGUGCUGCUGUGGCUCGUGCUGCUGGGACUGUUUUCAGAGCUUGAGUUCGGCCUGCCCUUUUUUGUUAUAUCGUUAUUCUACUGGCUCUAUGAGGGCCUUCGAAGCCCAAAAGCCCGACAACCUGGAGAAAUGAGUGCGUACUCUGUGUUUAAUCCAGAUUGUCAGCCCAUCCUGGGAACUUUAACAGCCGAACAGCUGGAAGGAGAGAUGGGAUACAGGCCAGCGGCCAAUGGAUGAACAUGUGUGACAUGAAGCAAACUUUGCAACAAGGAAAACAGUCUAAAUAUAGAUCUGUAAAGUGCACUUGGAAAACUUGUUUGCAUUAUAUUAAUGUAUAUUAGUAAUGAUCCGUUAACCUGUAUUCAGAUGUAAUAAAAUUAUGUUGUUGAUA